AGUAAUGGCGCCCUACUGUACAAAUUGUUGACGUUUGCCGCUAUGCUAUUUCUUUGAAUAUCUUUAUUAUAUCAUACAUUACAUAAGUUGUAUCAUACUGUGUAGAACAGGUUUGAGGAACUUAUAUGACUGUCUUCUGAGGAUAUCGUUCGAAAGACAUUUUACCGGAAAUCCAUCAGCUGAGUGCUGUGGUCAAGACGUCAGCAGAGAUGGAGGAUGAUUCCUCCCUGCAUCGACUGGACGGGAGUGACCCCAGUGUUCAGGACGGGGGGCUGAUAGUGAAGAAGAAGAGCGCUUCAUCAGAACAGCAUGUGUUCAGAGCACCUGCUCCACGCACCUCGCUCCUGGGCCUCGAUCUGCUGGCCGCACAGAAACGCAAGGAGCGCGAGGGCAAGGAAAGUCUGGAUGAUCAACCCAAGAAAUCCAAGGUUUCGUCCUACAAGGACUGGGAGGAGGGACAAAGUGAUUCGGGGUCUGAUGAUGAAAAUCAAGAAGAUGGCGAUAGCAGGAAUCCAAAAAAGGAAAGGAAGUACCGUGUCACUGGAUCAGAAACGCCGUCAAACCCAGGAGGGGUUAGUGAGGAGUUCAAGCAGAAACAUCAACAGAGGGAAAAGGACAGACGUGAGCAUGGGGUUUAUGCUUCUUCCAAAGAAGACAAGAGCAGUGACAAAGACCGAGACAGAGACAGAGACCACGACCGCUACCGUGACCGAGACAGAGAUGAACGGGAAAGCAGCCGCGGCUGUGGCUCCAGCAGCAGUCGCUCUGAGCGCGGUGAUGGCAGCGUGAGAAGUGAACGCUCCCAGAGGGACGGCUGGUCCGACCGCAUGAGCCGCGGUACUCGCCGCGAUGAGCCCGAAUCACCCCGUAACAGACCCAAAGAUUUGGCCACUCCGUCACGCUCCAGCUGGGAUGAGGAUGACAGUGGAUUUGCCAGCUCACGCCACUCUCACUGGGAGAGCCCGUCUCCUGCCCCCAAACACUGCUCCGAGCGCAGCCAACGCUCAGUCCGCGACAGUGAGAGGAGAGACAGGUCAAGUAAACCUCAGUAUCCAGCAGAAACUCCUCUACCAACCCCAUCAUAUAAGUACAACGAGUGGGCCAAUGACAGGAAGCACCUAGGCUCCACUCCACGCCUGUCCCGAGGAAAAGGUGAUAAGAGGGAGGAUAGAGAGGACGGCAUCCUAUUUAAUAAUGAAGAUGAGAAGGAAGAGUGGGAGGAAGAUCAGAGGCAAGCUGAUCGAGACUGGUACAUGAUGGAUGAAGGUUACGAUGAGUUCCACAACCCCUUGACAUCCAGCUCAGAAGAAUAUGUGAAGAAGAGGGAGCAGAUCCUACAGAAGCAGACCCAGAAACGCAUCUCAGCGCAGAAACGGCAAAUCAAUGAGGAUAACGAACGCUGGGAGACCAACCGCAUGCUCACCAGUGGAGUGGUUCAGCGUUUGGAGGUGGAUGAGGACUUCGAGGAAGACAAUGCAACCAGAGUACAUCUGCUUGUCCAUAACCUCGUGCCACCCUUCCUGGACGGGAGGAUAGUCUUCACUAAGCAGCCCGAGCCGGUCAUUCCAGUGAAAGACGCGACCUCAGACAUGGCCAUCAUCUCCCGCAAGGGCAGUCAGCUGGUCAGACGACACCGAGAGCAGAAAGAAAGAAAGAAGGCACAACACAAACACUGGGAGCUCGCUGGCACCAAACUGGGAGACAUCAUGGGAAUCAAGAAAACCGAGGAGGACGGAUCAGAUGGAAAAGCUGUUGGAGAAGAUGGAAAAGUGGAUUACAGAGCGGAGCAGAAGUUUGCUGACCACAUGAAGGAGAAGAAUGAAGCGAGCAGUGAGUUUGCUAAGAAGAAGACCCUGUUAGAGCAGAGGCAGUAUCUGCCCAUCUUUGCUGUUCGCCAGCAGCUGCUCAACAUCAUCAGGGAUAACAAUAUUGUGAUUGUGGUGGGGGAAACAGGCAGUGGUAAGACGACUCAGCUGACACAGUAUCUACACGAGGACGGUUACACCAGCUAUGGCAUGGUGGGCUGCACACAGCCCCGCAGAGUGGCAGCCAUGAGCGUGGCCAAGAGAGUCAGCGAAGAAAUGAACAGUAACCUGGGAGAAGAGGUUGGUUAUGCCAUUCGUUUUGAAGACUGCACAUCAGAGAAGACUGUAAUAAAAUACAUGACGGAUGGGAUUCUUCUGAGGGAAUCUCUGCGGGAGUCAGAUCUGGACCACUAUAGCGCAGUAAUCAUGGACGAGGCCCAUGAGCGCUCCCUCAACACUGACGUGCUCUUCGGCCUGCUCCGAGAGGUGGUGUCUAGACGCUCAGACUUGAAGCUCAUUGUCACAUCUGCCACCAUGGACUCGGACAAAUUUGCAGGAUUCUUCGGCAAUGUACCUAUUUUCAACAUUCCCGGCAGGACGUUCCCAGUGGAUAUCUUGUUCAGCAAGGUUCCUCAGGAGGACUAUGUGGAGGCGGCUGUGAAACAGGCUUUACAGAUUCAUCUCAGCGGGAUGAUGGGUGACAUCCUCAUCUUCAUGCCUGGUCAGGAGGACAUUGAGGUGACGUCAGAUCAGAUUGUGGAGCGACUGGAGGAUCUGGAGAACGCUCCGCCUCUGGCAGUGCUGCCCAUCUACUCCCAGCUGCCCUCGGACCUGCAGGCCAAGAUCUUCCAGAAGGCUCCUGAUGGAGUGAGGAAGUGUAUUGUCGCUACAAACAUCGCAGAGACGUCUCUGACUGUGGAUGGCAUCAUGUUUGUGGUGGAUGCUGGUUACUGCAAACUGAAGGUGUUCAACCCUCGCAUUGGCAUGGAUGCGCUGCAGGUUUACCCCAUCAGUCAAGCCAAUGCAAACCAGCGGGCUGGCAGAGCAGGAAGAACAGGCCCGGGACAGUGUUACAGGUUAUACACUCAGAGUGCCUUCAAGAAUGAAAUGCUCACCACCACUAUCCCAGAGAUCCAGCGCACUAACCUGGCCAAUGUUGUGCUUCUGCUCAAGUCACUGGGAGUUCAAGAUCUCCUGCUCUUCCACUUCAUGGACCCGCCGCCUGAAGACAACAUGCUGAACUCCAUGUACCAGCUGUGGAUCUUGGGAGCGCUUGACAACACAGGUGCUCUGGCGCCCACCGGGCGGCUCAUGGUGGAGUUUCCUCUGGAUCCGGCUCUGUCUAAAAUGCUGAUCGUGUCAUGUGACAUGGGCUGCAGUGCAGACAUUCUCAUCAUCGUCUCCAUGUUGUCUGUGCCGUCCAUCUUCUACAGACCAAAGGGUCGAGAGGAGGAGAGUGACCAGGUGAGAGAGAAGUUCUCGGUGCCUGAGAGUGAUCACCUGACCUACCUCAACGUUUACCUGCAGUGGAAGAACAACAAUUACUCCAGCAUCUGGUGUAACGAUCACUUCACCCACACCAAAGCCAUGCGAAAGGUGCGCGAGGUGCGAUCUCAGCUCAAAGACAUCAUGGUGCAGCAGAAAAUGAACCUGGUCUCCUGCGGCUCAGACUGGGAUGUGAUCAGGAAGUGCAUCUGUGCUGCAUACUUUCACCAGGCUGCUAAAUUAAAGGGAAUAGGGGAGUAUGUGAAUGUGAGAACUGGGAUGCCCUGCCAUCUGCACCCCACCAGUGCUUUGUUCGGGAUGGGCUACACCCCCGACUACAUCAUCUACCAUGAGCUGGUCAUGACCACAAAGGAGUACAUGCAGUGUGUGACGGCUGUGGACGGCGAGUGGCUGGCUGAGCUGGGGCCCAUGUUCUACAGUAUCAAACAUGCAGGAAAGAGCAGACAGGAGAACCGAAGGAGAGCAAAGGAGGAGAUCACCAACAUGGAGGAGGAGAUGUCUCUUGCACAAGAACAGAUCCAUGCACGGAAAGAAGAGCAGGAGAGGAAGAGCGAUCUGGGCAGUGUCAGGUCAAUAAAGAUCUUCACCCCAGGAAGGAGAGAGGAAGCGCCCAUGACACCAAAACGAACACCGGCCCGAUUUGGCUUAUAGUGCUACAAUUUCAGCCAGAUAAUAUUGCAAAUAUGAUUUUAUUUGCCACAGUUGCUUCAGUCAGUGCAAUGUUAUUAAAUUUGAGCAUCACAGUGCUUGUCACAUGCAGCUUCCAGGUUUGUCCAGAAGUAGGAGCAAUUGUAUAAGGAGAACAUUUCUAGUCACCAUCUCGUCCCCUCAGACAAAGUGUUAUUUGUGACUCUUUUGGACUGUCUGGAUUGAGACAAAAAAGGUUGCUAGUACUGCAUUCAAUAAUUUUUUUUUUAACCAAAUUAAAAAACAAACACAUUUGUCCUUAUAUAUGAACGCAUUUGAACUAAACAAAAAAAAUCAGCUUUAUUUGACAUUAUAAAUAUACUUAGCCCAAUGAAUGUGUGUGUAAACCAGAACAGCAGAAUUUAUUCAUGUCCUGCUGUAAUAUUCACUUUACCAUUGAAUUAUAAUUCACGUUCUCUCAUAUUUCAGUUUGUGAAGCGCAGCUGUUGUAUCAUUCUUUCAGAGAGCACAGAGCAUCCAUGAAUAUUAACUUCCUGUACUUUGAUAGGUUAAUCCCCUGUGGAUGAAGCUUGUCUUUGUUAUUCUGACAAAAACAUUGCUAGAAUAUUUCAUCAUUCUGCUGGAAUCAACACUGACCAGGCGGCGGUCAAACCCUUUGUCGUCUUUGAUGCAAUUGGGCUGCAAGUCAUUGAACAGAUGUGCUGUGUACCGACAGAGAUGACAGGCGUUCACACAAUCCAUGAUCAACCGCUUGCCACCGACGCUCAUUUCACUUUCUUUCUGAUUUUCAGGGCUCUGUUUGUGUUUUUGGAAACUUUGAAAUAAGAGGUCUGCUGAACUUUAUUAUUCUUAAUUACUGAUGUGUGCAGUAUGUCUGUAUAUUGUGCUUCUUUCUUUUGUUGAAUGAUUUAGAAGUCAAAACAUGUUUAGACAUGGCAAAUUUUUUUCAGAAAGGCUGGAAAAUGGGAAUAACUAUAUUUUUUGAAAGUGUGUAUUGUUCAUUCUGUGUUUCCUUUGUAUUUCAAUUUUAGUGUUUUAUAUUAGAUAUUAAAGAAAUGAAUAUAGAAAUGCUUUAAUUUUUGGUAGUGAUUGGAUCACUGCAUUUAGUGUGUUAAAAAACAUUUAAUACAUUAGUAUAAUUAGGGGCUGUAUUACACAAAAUUAAUUUUUGCUAUCCAUUGUGCGUUUUUUCCAUUGUAAACAUGUACUAAAUGGACAUCUUUGACCAUUGCCCUUGAGUCUUUUGCAGCGUCUCAUUUUGUUCCCCAAAAAGUGUUCAAGGCACUUCAAGU